GCUUACUAGGCUUCAAGGGGUCCGCUGGCAUGUAGGAGAGCUCACUAGGCCUAAAGGACUACUGGCGAAUGUAGAUCCUUCAGCUAGUUGUGUGUUGGAGAAGCUCUUCCCUCACACUACUUCUGAUUACCCACUGUGUCACCACGUCGCUUGAAGCCUCCUCACUCACCACCACCCUCAUGCUUGGUCCUCUCAGGCACGUCCCGUCGACUACUACAUGCUGAGUGCGUUAAGCUGCAAAUGAGUCCUGUCGCGAAAGGGGUGUGGGAGGAUGCGACUGGUGCGUCGGCGAGGCUUGGCGUGGCGGGAGGCUGCGGUGAAGGCAGCAGCUGCCAGGGCACAGCCGCCCAAGAAGCCCGACCGCUGGGCACAGCUCCUGGAGCAGCUCAAGAACCCGUCCCCGUGUGACCAGCCAUCCUGCAGGGGCGGCCACCAGCCUGGUGAGGACCACAACAUACCCAUAAUACGCAGGGAGUCACGAGCAUCAGUGGUCCAGAGAGCUGCUGAACAGGAGGAAGAGUUCCAAGGCUUCACUAAUCGCCUGCUGGUGCUGCUGGCGCUGCUACUGGCCGGCCUAACUAUCCUUGUUCUGUACACACUCUUCAACUCCCCGACCCUCCUCUCACAGCAGCCUCCACUCGAUCAACUGAGCGAGGAACAGCCAGGGCAGGAAGACUCAUAGACUUCCCUCUCUUGCUCCCCAAGCUUAGCCAGGAUAGCAAGAUUCCUAGAGUCUCUCCCUAACCUUAUCAGAAACGCCAGGAUAGGAAGAUACCCAGGUUCUCCCUAGUUCCCUGGCUGAUGGGGGUCGAUGGCUUUGCUGUAAUUUCGUCUGUAGAUGAUACGGGUCCCCAAACAACGUUGACUCCAUGGUGCGACAGAGUGCAUGUGUUCGCAUCUUGCUAGACGUUGCAUCUUGUUUUUCAAGGAAGAAACCUGAGUGAAGUCCCAGUGAACUUUUAGAAAAAGCACAAAAACCUAUAUGAAACAUGUAUAUAAAAGAGAAAGCCAGGCGAUCUCCAGCUAGAUCACAAUACUUCACCUAAUCUAUUUGUCAUCGGAAUCAAUCAACCCAUUCGUCCUCUGCCUCGCGCUCAAUGAAUUGGCUUCCCUUCCUAAAGUUGAAGGAGCAGAACUUCGCGGAGGAGGCCCUUCCCUUUCACCUGUCAUUGAUAUCUGGCACUCCCACAGUGCCAUCGUGUCCGCCUCCGCUGCUCCACAUCUCAGCUGUAUGCUGGGCCCACGCAAAGUGAUAAGAUGGUUGGCACUUGUGCCAUAUGGUGACUGCCAAUUACAUCUCCUUUGAUAC